AAGAAAGGCUCAAAACACAUCCACUUGGACUACUCAUAUCUCAUAAAAAAUUAUGGCUCAAAUUUGCAGCAUGUAGUAUAAAAAAACAAAAAAAAAAAAAACUUAUCAUAUUAUUAGGUAGAAAGAAAAAAAAAAAGCUCCAAAAUGAUAUUCGAAACUUGGGUAGUAGUUCCACUCUUAACUCUCCUUACCAUACUAUGGGCCAUCUUCAUCCUCACCAAAAACCGUCCACCACUCCCACCAGGCCCAUUGGGCCUACCAAUACUAGGAAACCUCCUCUCACUAAGCCCAGAACUCCACACUUACUUCACCACAUUGGCCCAAACCCACGGCCCAAUCUUCUCUCUCCGUCUAGGAAUGAAACUUGGCGUAAUCAUCUCCUCAGCAAAUCACGCCAAAGAAAUUCUAAAACACCAUGACGUCAUCUUCGCCAACCGUGACGUACCCAUAGCAGGAAAAACCGCCACGUAUGGCGGCGCUAACAUAGUGUGGUCCCCAUACGGCCCGACAUUACGUAUGCUUAGGAAAGUUUGUGUCAGAGAGAUGCUUGGAAGUGCCACGUUAGAUUCUAUGUACGGACUCCGUAGAAGAGAAGUACGGAGCAUGGUACGAAGGUUGUCGGAGAAAGUGGGGACAAAAACGGUUAAUGUCGGGGAAGAAGUGUUUAUGGUAGUUAUGAGAGUAGUUACAGAUAUGUUGUGGGGAGGAACAAUGGUGGAAGAGAAGGAGGAGGAGAGAGAAAGUAUUGGGUUAGAGUUUCGGGUCGUGAUCAAGGAGUUUACCGGGUUGUUGGGUAUGCCGAAUGUAUCGGACUUUUUUCCGGGUUUGGAUCGGAUCGAUUUGCAGGGUGUAGAGAGGAGGAUGAAGAGGUGUGUUAAGUUGUUGGAUGAGAUUUUUGAGAAGGUGAUAUAUCAACGUUUGAGAGUUUGUAAGGAAGGAAAGAGGAGAGAGAAGGAUUUUUUGGAGGUAUUGUUACAAAUGAGGGAUGAUUAUGAGGGUGAAUGUAGUGAUGAUAAGGUGUCAUUUUCUACAUCUCAUCUUAAAGGUUUACUCAUGGAUAUGAUAGUAGGCGGAACCGACACUACAUCAAACACAGUAGAACUUACAAUGGCUGAAAUAAUGAACCACCCUGAUGUGCUAAAAAAGAUCCAACAAGAGCUCAACACAGUAAUUGGCUCAGACAGCAUAGUAGAAGAGCAUCACAUCUAUAAACUCCCUUACCUACAAGCUGUUCUAAAAGAAGCACUUCGCUUACACCCUGUAUUACCCCUGCUAGUACCUCAUUGUCCGAGUGAGUCUCGUGUUGUAGGAGGCUACACUAUCCCCAAAGGUGCUCGUGUAUUCAUCAACGUAUGGGCUAUCCAUCGAGACCCUUCCGUGUGGACGGAGCCAUCGAAGUUUGAUCCUGAAAGGUUCCUGCUGGAUGCUAAUCAGUUUGAUUUUAAUGGGAACAACUUCAAUUAUAUCCCUUUUGGUUCAGGUAGAAGGAUUUGCGCCGGAAUUGGAUUGGCUGAGAGGAUGGUGUUGUUUAUAAUGGCCUCAUUGUUGCAUUCCUUUAAUUGGAAAUUGCCUGAGGGAGAAGAAUUAAAUCUUGAGGAGAAAUUUGGGAUUGUGUUGAGUAAGAGGACUCCUCUUGUGUUGAUCCCUGAGUGCAGGUUAUCUGAUUCUGGUUUGUAUAUAUAAGUAACUUACUUCUUGGUGGUGGUUCUACUAUUUUCAUGAGAUAAGUGCAGGUUAUCUACUUAUCUACAUACUUUGUAUGAAUUUGGUCUUUUUAUGCACAUACAUUGCAAUCAUACCUGGUAGAAGACUAAGAUCUUAUGAAGCAAAAAUAAUGUAUCAGAUGGUCUAUGCAUACAGGCUUACUAGUGUGAGGAAUCAGGAAGUGUUCUGGCAUUAAUUUCUGUAUCUGUUGUUAUAUGGUUACAUUAAGAUCUCUAUUAUAUAAGGGAUGAAGGAGUUAUGGUA